UUGUUAUUUUGCAAGGAGUAUUAUCAGGGUAAUUCUGUGAUUGCCAGUGUAUUCCAAAACUUCUCAUUUGUUAUAAGAUGAUAUUCAAAGCCCCUUCAAACAGGCACAGACACACACUUCAGUGAAGUGCUGAAGUGGAGUAAAUACAAUUCAAUAGCAGUGACAUCAAAGCUCUUGCCCUGUUUCAAACUCCACAAGUGCACCACCAUUAGUACACUGAGUAUACAUAUAUUUUGUAAGCUCUUAUUAUCAUAAUAUAAAAUUCUAUUAGAUCAUUUCUACAAUAAAAAAAAAUAAUAAUAAUAAUUUAGCAUGAAGCAUUUUGUUCAAAUUCCAGAUGCACCAAUUGACUAAGUGGGAUUUUACACAGCAGAUUUUGCUGGAAGAAGUAAAAUCUGUUAUACCCCUCUCCCCAUAUUUCACCCCUGUUUUUCCCUCUGACGUCACUCCAGGCCCACCCUUCUCCAUUUAUGGUACCCUUCCCCAUGAACCCUUGUCCUUGAAAGGUCCACUCUGCUUACCAUGGUGACAAAAACAAUUCAAACUGUUGAAAUGAGUUCAUUAGAGACCCUUUGAUAUUUAUACAUGGCACAUCAUAAGCUCUUCAGUUGUCGUGACAACUAGCCCUAAUAGAGUCGGGGAUAUAGUGUGCCCCUCCUCUUCUGUACAUAAACCAUUUUUGCUUCGAUGUGACCUUCCACUCUUUCCCUCUCAACCUCUCUGCACUACUGGGGUAAGUGUCACAUUUAUUCACUAUUCAAUUCGCAUAUAUUUUUUAAAAAUACUAUGAUGUGAAAAAAUGACAUCUUUAGUUAAAUCUGUUGUUUUGUAGUUCAAUGGCAUAGUGAUGUGAUAAUAGAACUCAUUAUUUUUUACAUGAUGAAGAAAUGGGAUGUUUUCACUUAAGGAACUGCACUGAGUGAGAAUUAUACCAAUGUUUUUUGUUAUUUUUAUUUUUUUAUUUUAUUAUCAGAAGUGCAUCUAAAGUGUUGUAUGUGUGAAUCCAUGGUACUGAUUGUGUAAAUAAUGGAUGUGGGUGCAGUGAGAGAGUAAGCUGUUAUCUGAUAUGUGAACAGACUGCCAGCAUGUCUACAGGCUGUGUGAGGUCACGCUCAAAGACAGCCGAGCACAGACUCAACAAGCAGGAGCAUCCCUGUGAGUAUCCUUCAAUGUCUCUCUCACUUUCGUUCUGUGUGUGAAUAUCUUUGUGUGUGUGUGUGUGUGUGUGUGUGUGUGUGUGUGUGUGUGUAUGCCUUUUUCUGUCUUUAUGACACAGAUUUUAGGAGAAAACUGAGCAUUGUGGGGUCGAUGCUAAAACAUUGGAUGCAUCAAUCAGAAACAACAAAGGAUGUGACAGAUGGUGUGCUGCUACUCACACACAAGCCCUUGUCUUUGGGUGUGGAGGGAGUGUUUGUCGAGUUUCAGUCUACUGUCCAAAGUCUAAAGCACCCUCACUGUGUCUCUACAGAUGAGGACACCGAGAUGGACAGUCAGAAGCUCAGAAGCUCAGAAGACAACCAGCAAGACGAACUGGGACAAAAGAAACCACGCAGGAAAGACACGCCUGUGCUCAAUUCCCCUCCGCUCAUACCAGGGGUAAGGUUAAUGAAAGGCGAAACACGUCUGAUUCACUUUGAAGAUGAAGAAAAGGAGACAAAGAAAUAGCUGUGUUUUUUUCAUUCUUUUAGAAACUGUGUUAAACUGGGACUUUUCUGUGGUUAAUUUGAUAUUUCAUGUUUAAACAUUUUUAUUGAACAGUUUUGUUUUAUUCUAAAUAUUGUAACAAAAGCAUAUUUGAUGGCAUAAAUAUGAUAUGUGUCUGGUUUGUACAUUAAAUAUUACGGUUUUGUGAAUGUGGGAAUAUUAUAAAGACUGUAUUGCUGCAUGGUGCUUGGU